AUGCAUUCUCCCACUAUAUCAGGUCUUAAUGGCACUGACCGCCACAAUCUCACGUCCACCGACCGGGCGUCAGCCAACUGUUCAAAACCAGUCAUCAUCGGCCUCUAUGGCCUCCCUGGAUCUGGAAAAUCGUUCUUGCUGAAUGUUCUCAAAUGUGGCCUGAGUCAUGCCGACUUUGCCUUCUAUGAUGGCAGCCAGGUCAUUGCAGCCGACACGCCUGGGGGUCUCGAAGCAUUUCAGAACUUGAACGAAGAUGACAAAGAAAGGGCUCGUGAUCGUGCGAUUGAAAGGAUCAAGCGAGAGAGUUUCCACAGUGGGAGAAGCGCCCUAGUCACUGGCCAUGCCGUGUUUUGGGCCGAAGGAGAAGGUGCCGGCCAAUUGGUAUGCACACCAGCUGAUUUAGACACUUACACUCACAUUUUGUAUCUGGAUGUGCCGGCUAGGGACAUCGCGAAGUAUCGGUCGAGUGAUCAGAAACGAAGUCGUCCGUCGGUGUCAAUUGCUCAUUUGAUCCAAUGGCAGCAUGAGGAGAAAAAACAAUUGCGCCAACUUUGCAGGUCCCACGACAUCCUUUUCACGACCAUUACUCAACGCCAGGUAUCUAUGGGAAGACUUGUUCCUCUUAUUCAGGAUCUCAGGAGCCAUACAGACGACUUGAAUACAACACUGGCCCAGCAACGCAUGGACGACUUCAUAACCACCGGGUCCGAACGGCCGGAGACUGUACUAGUCUUUGACGCCGACAAGACACUAGCACCACAGGACAGCGGUGAAUUGUUCUGGGAGCUGGCUUCUACGUCUUCGGCGAAGGCGGACGAGAGAUUCCCCUUGAAAGCUUUGUUUAGCAGCCCUUUGCAAUACUCAUAUACUGCCUUCCGCCAAGCGGCCUUACUCUGCGAAGAAUUCAUUGGCGACAAUAAAGAAUAUGAUGAUUUCUGCGAGAAAGUGGCCUUGAUGAUCAAUAUUCAUCCUGAAAUCUUAGACCUUCUGCAUUUGGUAUCAGGUCAGACCCAUGUUCGCGCGCUGGUGUUGACUUGUGGGCUUCGCAGAGUCUGGGAGAAGGUUCUGAAGAGAGAGGGUCUGGCGAAAACAGUCACAGUGAUAGGCGGGGGGCGCUUGUCCGACGCUCUUGUCAUGACACCCGCACUGAAAGCGGCACUCGUGACGCGUUUGUGUGAAGUGCACGACACUUACGUUUGGGCCCUUGGCGACAGUCCACUGGACGUGGAAAUGCUCCAAGCGGCCCACCAGGCAAUCGUUGUGACAGGCGACAAAACUUUGAGAAGUGCUAGCAUGGACGAGGCUCUGACAAAGUCUAUCGGAAAGGCCGGAUUUUGGCCGCGCCAAGCUGUGCUUCCGUCAACUGCAACAGCUCGUCUUGAUGCGUCCCGACUGCCUUUAGUACAACUGACGGAUCAAUUCUUUGUUGAGUCGGUAUUUGUCCGGCGCCAAAGCCUUCAUCUUCUUCAUGCUACUGAUCGUUUUGCGGCCAAAUUGCUCAUGACACCAACGCGUGAUGCAGCAGUUUUUGGACCAGCAUUGCGAGAUGUACAUUCUCAAAUUGGAUGGUAUCUUGCCACCGAAUUCUGUACGCAAAUUCUUGGCGUUGAGACGUAUCAUGUUCCACAUGUUCAAGGUCACCAAACAGAUGGUUAUCGAAUUCUUCAUGAGAAAGAGACCUUGAUUGUGCCUUUGAUGCGAGGUGGUGAACCAAUGGCUUUGGGCGUCAACAGGGCUUUGCCACUUGCCAUGUUUCUUCAUGCAAAAAACCCAAGCGACAUUCAGCAUGAGCAUCUUCAAGGUCGCGUGACAAUAUUUCUUGUUGAUUCGGUGAUCAACACCGGCCAGUCAAUUUUGGAUUUUGUGCGACACAUUCGACACCUUCAUGCUUCUAUUCGCAUUAUUGUGGUCGCUGGUGUCAUCCAGGCUAAAUCGGUUUCCACCAGCAGAAUUGCGCAAGAGCUCUCGCGGAUCCGGCGUUUAUCCUUUGUUGCUCUUCGCCUGUCGGAAAAUCAAUUCAUUGGCAGAGGGAACACCGACACUGGACAUAGACUGUUCAACACCGUGCACCUUGAUUAG